UCUAUCUACAGCUAAAUGCUCCCUUACAAAGCUGACACAACCACUACCAUCAUCAUCAUCACCAUCAGCAUCAGGCAGGGCCCUCACGGGCUAAGGAAUAGUGUUGUGAGGGCAGGGGGCGUUGGUGGUGGUGGUGGUGACGCUGGGGAGGCAGGGAUUGGUGUUACAUUGCUUUGGUCGGCACUGCUUCUUCCUCCAUCAAGCAGCACCAGAGAGACACAGCUACGUAAGGAGUUGCCGAUCCAAAGGCCUGGCUCAGGAGUGAUCCUGUGCCACCUGUACCGUCAAGAUCAAGAUCGAGCAGGGGGCGGGGCGGGUUGCGGUGUAAACAGAGGCAGACAGAAAUACGGCGAGAUGACAGUCGACAUAGAUUACGACGAAAACAGCCACAAGACUGUGGCCGAGCAAGAGCUGCGGCGCUACAACAGAAUUGUUGAGCAGCAUGGAGACCAGCUGGAGGAGAUCAUUGAGGCUCUGGGUCCUCAUCCUGCCCCACCCUGGGACCCGAAGCUUGAUCCUGUCAUGCUCAAGAUGACACCAUUUGAAAACCUAUCGCUGGUGAAGCUGGUGCAGUCUGGCAACAAGAUGGUCAACAAGGUGGUGCUGACCUUCAGUGCUCUGUGCCUCGAGGCAUCACAGCUUGUGGAGGAGGCUCAGAGCAAGCUUUAUCCUCCGCUUAUGUUGUAUGGCAAUGGAGUUGCUGCAGAAGGUGAGAAGACUGGAGAGUCCCAGAUGUCUCUGUCCCGGGUGCUCUCCACACUGCACCAUGCUGCCUGCUAUGUGCAGCGUGUGCAGAAAGUCAUACGUAACAUCAUGCAUCAGUUGACAUCCCUGUACCGGACAGACAAAAAGUCAAGCGUGACAAUAGAUGUCUCAGACGUUCAUUUCCAGGUGAUGUACGAGCACCUUGGUUCAUUGCUGGGCACGCUGAUCACCAUGGAUGAGGUGGUGCUGAGCAACUCUGUGCUGCAUGAACACUGGGGCGCAUACCGGCGGCUGGUGCGCUCUGCUGCCUCGGACCAGCACAGGUUUGGACAGGACAAAGCAUCCUUGCAACCUCUGGAGAAGCUCCUUGCAGAUGUGGAAGUGGCGGUCAUGCAGGGUACCAUGUUUAUGUCUGUGCUGAGGCAGGUGUACGACUGUGAGGGUUUGGUGGUAACACGGAAUGGAGUCCUGCGGGAAGAAAUGAUGACAGUGGUCCUUGGAUGGUGUGGCCAGCUGGAACAAAGCAGUGGUGAGGGAUGGUGGUGUGACAACCAGCCACAAGUGGUUGGUGUGACAGCAUUGGCAGUGUUCCACCAGGUGGUCUUCAACUGCCAAGACAAGAGGCUAUCCAGGGUCUUGGGAAAUCUCUUCAAAAAGUUUCCAUCCAUCACUCUUGUGGGCUCGGUGGUGUGGCUGCCUGAACGUCACAUCCCCUCAGCAGCCCCUACCCUGAGCCAGCUGUUUGACCGUAAGACUCAGGAUGCUCUGCUUGCCCACCGCACCACUCACUUAGCGCAGAAAACACAGACCAUUGGCAAGGAAGCUCAAGCAGUGAAUCUGCAGGUGUGUGGGUGGGCUGUCAACCUGGACGCUGCUGCAAGGAAACACUCCAGUCAGAUGAACAAUCAGGAUCUCAACCAAAGAGCUUCCCUCCUUCUGCAGGGGCUCAUCAUCGCACAUACAGUCAAGUACAAUAUGGAAACGGUGCUCAACCUCCAUUCUGUGCUGAGUCGGCCGAUGGGCAAGGCGUGUGCACUGAGUGUGUGCAGCCUGGUGGAGUCCCUCAAGGCCAUUGAGCACACCUACCACCGCCACAGCUCACUUCUGGCUGAUUCCCUCCCACACGUGAUCCAGUAUCUCACUUACCAGGUCUUGUCCAUCAUCUCCAGUGUGAAGAAUCGAGUCUCCAAUUCCCGCUUGGAUGCCCAGCGCCUGGACAUCCUGAUGGCUCUCAAUCUAGUGGAGAACAUGCUAUCUGGCUCAGGCACCAAAGAGCGCCGCCUGGUGACACGUGUGGCACUGUCAUUGGCCAAUCAAGCCAGGGCGCUGCGGAAUGAAGACAUCUCCUCAUUGCUGGUGGGUCUGCGGCGCCUGGACCUGGCCUGUGAGCUGCAGACACGUGUGAAGCAGGCCACCAACUGUGCCAUCCUGUACCACCAUACUGUCAUCCUGCCCACCUACCUCACCAACUACAUGCAGACCCUCCAACACGUCCACCGCAUCCAUUUUAUGUUGGCUGCAUUGCAAGACUGUGCUGUGCAAUUGGACGGUUGCUGCCAUCUUGCCACCCCAGACCAGCUUGUCAUUGAGUUUAAGGAGGAGAUGUAUGGGUACAUCAAAGAGUUGGUGUUGGACAAGGUGUGUAAGGAAGUGGAGACAGAGUUGCGGCUCAGCACGCACAGUCACCUCCAGCUGGAUAGCCGUAAUCCCUUCCAGACAUCUAUCAGGGACCUGUCUCCACUGUUGGCUCUGGAACCUUUCUGCCUCCUCUCAUCAGCUCUCAUAUCAGUUAAAGAUUAUGUGGAGCAGUACCUGGAGAGUACCUUCUAUGCCCUAACUGUCGUGGCGCCGCAUGACUGGAGGACUUAUGAGGAGAUGCGCAAUCUUGCUGCCUCCAAAUAUAACCUGUUUACAGUGCCCUCACACCUGCCUUCUCACACCCUUGACCAGGGUGUGGAUGUGCUGGAGAUCAUGCGCAACAUUCAUGUGUUUGUGUGCCACUACCUGUACAACCUCAACCAGCAAUUCUUCAUUGAGGCAGCCAGCAACAACAAACACCUCAACACAGUGACCAUCAAGCACAUUGCCAACUCCAUUCGCACACACGGAGCUGGAAUCAUCAAUACCACGGUUAACUUCACCUACCAGUUUCUACGGCGCAAGUUUCAUGUCUUCUCUCAGUUCCUGUAUGAUGAGCAAAUAAAGUCUCGCCUCUUGAAGGACCGUCAGCUUUGGAGGGAGGCCAAGGCAAACCAGGAGCACUUCCCCUAUGAGAGUGCUGAGAAGUUCAAUCGCAGCAUCAGGAAGUUGGGUGUCACACCUGAGGGACUCUCCUACCUUGAUCAGUUUCGAGGACUCAUCUCACACAUUGGAAAUGCUAUGGGGUUUGUGCGACUGGUUCGGUCUGGUGGGCUUCACUGCUCCAGCAAUGCUGCACGCUUCAUCCCGGAUCUGCAGGAUGUGGCCAGCCUGGAGCAGCUGUGUCGGGAUGCCCACACUUCCCCACAGACCCUGACAGCUGCUGAGAAUCUCGAUGCUGUCAUCAACAACCUCACCCGCAACUUCCACCAAGACACUGACUACUUCAAGCUGCUGGUAGACGUGUUUGCUCCAGCUCUCCAGGACAAGAAGAACAGUCAUCUCAAGAACUUUUACCUCAUUAUUCCUCCAAUGACAAUAAACUUUGUCGAAAGUUCUCUUGCUGCUAAAGACAAUAUGAAUAAAAAGAAUAAAUCAAGAGCUGCUUUCACAGAUGAUGGCUUUGCUAUGGGUGUUGCCUAUCUCCUGAAGGUGCUAGACCAGAAUGCUGCCUUUGACUCUCUGCACUGGUGGUCAGGUGUGCGGAGAAGGUUCAUCAAAGAGAGAGAAAAGGUUGAGCAACAGCGGCAGUUAUGCAGCAGUGGAGAUGACAAACUCCAGCAGACACUUGCACUCACCAUGUCUCGUCUGCAGCAGUAUCAGCAGGAAUUUGAGCUGAUGUAUCUCAGCUUGAGCAGUGCCAGGGUCUUCUUUAGGGGUGACUGGGCUUCUUCAUCUUCCUCCUCCUCCUCAGGAGAUAGUCAGAAGAGUGACACACAGUCCAUUGGUAGUGAUUGCAGUGGGAAGGAGAAGCCUCUUAACAAGUCCUCAGAGAGUAAUGCCUAAGCUGCAAGUUGCAGUUUUCAGAUUUUUGUUGACACAUCAUUUAUCUGCAUAAUUGGUACAUACUGUUUUGAUUUACAGAAACUUGAUUAACAGACUUCCUUGGAUCUAAUUUUCUUAUAAGUCAAAUUAAAAAUAAUGGAACUUCAUUAAGAUGAAUUCUGUGUUAUCAAAAAAGCAUCAGCAAGUUAUUGCCCAUCUGGUGGGACAAUCCAGUCAGGAAAGAUAGACAGACCACAUGAUGUGGGCAAGUAAGUAAUUUGGAUGUUUACUGACUCAUAAGAUUUUCUACACAAACAUAUAUUCAUAAUCAUUGAAAAUACAGGAUGAUCAGGUGAAUGUAACUCAGUAUUUUCUUAACCCAUCUGUGGUUAGGAAACUUAAUGUGUAAAGCAGUUCUUAUUUUCUUUGUAUCUGAUGGGAGGUACAAAGUGCUCUCUCUCUCUCUCUCUCUCUCUCUCUCUCUCUCUCUCUCUCUCUCUCUCUCUCUCUCUCUCUCUCUCUCUCUCUCUCUCUCUCUCUCUCUCUCUCUCUCUCUCUCUCUCUCUCUCUCUCUUUUUAUGGUGAUAUUUUUCCUAGUCCCAUGCAGAACAACUGUGAAGUCCCAAGUGUUUACAGCAUUCUAUCACAAUAUUUCACUUUUAUAUGAAAGAUAACACAAAUCAGAUAAUUGUAUUAUAAAGUUUGUAUAAUGAUAACUUUUAACUGUUUUCCAGUUUAUCACUGCAAAUGAAAUUCAUAUCCACAAAUGUAAAUCCAGAAAUCUUUUGAGAUUUGUAGAUUUUCAAAUGCAAAAAUAAAUACAGAUAAUUUUUAUCCAUACAAGUACCACUAGAUUAAUUUAUUCUGGAUAACAUUAGACAAUUUUUUAAAGUUUAGUGACUUUUUUGUAAUUAAGGAAUUAAAAAAUCAUCUUAACAUCUUAUCAACUACAGUGAUAUAUUUAUUCUUUUCUGGCUAACAAUGUGUAAUGUUAUAAGAUUUUUAAAUUGUUUAUUACUGAAUGUUAUUUAUAUUAUAUUUAUGAAAAAAUGUACAUUUUAAAUAUUACUGUAAGAGUAACAGUAAAACAUUCACUACAAAAAUUAGUAUAAGUUUGCAGGCAUGUUUGCUUUUCUGAAAGGAUUACACAAAUGCAAAGUAGCAUAUUUGCAUAGUUUUCACAAUAUUGAGAACUGCAAAUGAAAUCAUGCUUCCACAAUCUGUGGAAGGGAUUGCUGAGAUGCCCUCUCUCUUGUUCGUACUUGACCUAUCCUUGCCUGCUGGUGGGCUGAUUGUUAUUGUUGAUAUUUUUAUGUGAUUUGUUGGUAAUAAUGAUUAUCAUCGUAGCUGAUGGCUGGUCUCACAUUUGCUUCCUUAACUCAGCAAUGCUUGUGAACAAGAUUUCAAAAUUAUAUGAGCAACCAAGUGAUGAUGGCAUAUAAAAUAUUCACAUUUGACCGUAAUUUCAUAUAUACACACAAUUUUGUACAAAUUACACUUGUGCCAUUUUAUCCUUGCAGUAAUGAAUAGAUUUGUCUGAACUACUGCCUGGGUAAACUGAGAAGUAUCAGUACAAAUAUGUGGCUAAGGAUUUAACCAAGACUCUUUCACUUGCUAUCCCAGGAAUGCUCACCUCUAAAAUGCCAUAAAGGGCAAGCAGAGCAAAGUGUGAAGUUCGUUUACCAAAUGAAAGAUCAGUUGUAGCUCAGCCAGACUGGUAGGCUCUUGUAAACUAUGUUAACAGGGGCUUUCACAUAUUGAAACACAUUUAGACGGCCAAAAAUAAUUGUCCAUAUCAUCUAUAAAGAAGAUAAAUCCGA